GUAGCUGUGGAGUAAGGAUAUCCUUGUUUACCCUAACGUUUCUGGUUUAGCCUACACUUGAUAUCCAUAAAUAUAUGACAUUUUUAAAGUGUAUCCGUGAGUUUGGUGUGGGAAAAAAUAGGUUUAGGUCAAUUUAUGCCAAGCCUACUUGUCAAAAACUACAGACACACCCCCAUGACAACUAGCCUAUCUGACAACACUUCACCUAGGCGGCACUCGAGAUUGAACAAUUGGAGUCCAACACUAAUUCUGUAUAUUUUUUCUUUUAUGUUUCUGAUCUUCUAACUAAAAUGAAAAAUAUGAAAAACCAAUUCAACAAUUAUAAAUGCGUAAAAUCCGUUUUUCCAGAUGUCCGUUGGUGAUUACCAAAUUGAACUGAUAGUCGUUACACGGACCGUUCUGGUCACGUGCCACGGUCUUUUCCCUCAGAGGCUUGUAGCCGCAGUCAGCACAGGCUGCCUAGCGCCGGAACCGAAAUAGCUAUAGCUAUAGCUACAAAUCUCGCUUUUGACGGCGUACCUCCUCAAAUAGACGAGCGUGUUUUAGACGCCUGUUGUCCGCGCAGCCAGUUUUGGGCCUCACUAAUUUGCCAUCUAAAUAGUAAUCAUGUCGGCAGUUCAACGAAUGAAAGUAGCCAACGAGAAGCACAGCAAGACAAUCACACAACGCGGCCACGUCCAAAAGACCACGCGAGUGGUGAAUGAGGACAAGUCCCCGGUGGGCCCAUGGCUUCUGGCGCUGUUCGUCUUCGUGGUGUGUGGGUCAGCCAUCUUCCAAAUUAUUCAGAGCAUCAGACAGGGCAUGUGAUUGCCGUUGCCUCAAGAGUGACCCUCACCACCUGCCAUCCCUAAGUGAUGCCUGGACAACCAGCAGGAUGACCCCACCUCCCUCCCAUACACAAACAGUCAGACUCAUACCCAGCCCUACCCCUUUCCCUCCAUCUUCCUUCUUUCUCCUCCAACUCGUUCACAUUGUCUCCCUCCCCUUAAAACCUCAAACUCCAUAUACUGUGAAACUGACAGAUUCCUCUCUUUCUCUUGUCCCCCCCCCC